UAAGCAUGUGGUACAUAUGGGACUAAAAGGAGAGCUUUUUAGAAGGGUUAUUAUCAUGAACGUAGCGCUAGGUCUGGGGUCGGUUUGAUAAUAGUUAAUCGCAAAGGACCUUGUGGUGUUCCAAGGGACUAUGGUAAUAAUUUUAAUUUACCAAAUAAGCUUUCUCGAUUAACCUAGUUUUCACCCACACAGAAUGAAAGUCAUGGCCUCCAUGAACCUCCAAGAUGAACCACCGGAGAAGAAGAGGUCAAGGAAGAAGAAGCGGACUACACAUUCUUCUCCACCAGCAUCAUCAUCAUCUCCAUCGUUUUCUUUACUUCCAGACGAAAUCGCCCUGAACUGCCUAGCCCGGAUAUCGAGAGCCUACUACCCGAGAUUCUCAAUUAUUUCAAAAAGCUUCCGCUCACUCCUCUCUUCCAUGGAGCUCUACCUAGCUCGAUCUCAAAUCGGAAGCACCGAGCAGUGUCUCUACGUCUGUCUCUCCGAUGAAAGUUAUCAAUAUCCCCAAUGGUUUACCCGAUGGAUUAACCCUAAUCGAACCCUACCAAACUCCACGAUCAAGAAGAAGAAGAAGACACUCAGACAAUCAUCGUUGGCUCCAAUUCCGUCGUCUCAUUUUCCUUCAGUUUCAGAAUCAGCCCUAGUUGUUGGUUCAGACAUUUAUGUUAUCGGCGGACCAAUCAAGACAGAACCAGUGUCAAAAGAGCGAUCUAGGUUAUGUCCCUCAUCAGCCGUACGAGUACUUGAUUGUCGUACUCACACGUGGCGUGAUGCCCCUAGCAUGAUCUUAGCCCGGAAGCAUGCUCUCACAUGUUUCCACAAUGGAAAAAUAUAUGUCAUGGGAGGAUGCAAAGCUCUGGAAGAGCCAUGGGCUGAGGUGUACGAUACAAAUACGCAAACUUGGAAACCUCUCUCUGAUCCUGGUACUGAGAUAAGUAAGAUAUCUAGAUGUACCUUUUACAGUAUCAAAGAGAAAAACGGAAAGAUUUACUUUGGGAAUGCUUACGAAACACAUGCUUAUGAUACAAGCCAAGAUAACUGGGAGAGUAUUGCGCAGUUUCAGAGCUCAACAUGGUUGACUGAUGGUGGUUUCUGGUUCCACCGUAUUCCCAAGCCAGCAUGUUUGAUGGAUGGUGUAUGGUAUAAUAUAAGUCAUGGUCCCUUCCACUGCUGGUGGUCAAAGGAUGGAAGAUUUUGGAAAGGUGUAAAAGGCUUAGAAUCAUUAAGAGAGAUGUACAAUAGAAAUGGUGGCUCUAGUAGAAAUAAAACUGUGUUAGUUAGUUGUGGUGGGAAGCUCUUACUUUUGUGGGAAGGUUAUAUGGAACAUAAUCCCAGUAAUAGGCAGAAGAUUUGGUGUGCGGAAAUCAAUUUGGAAACUGAUGCUAAAGGUGAGGUUCGGGGGAAUGUUGAGUGGAUUGAUGUUGUGCAAACCGUCCGUACACAAUGUGAGCUCUUGCAUUGCCUCGUUGUGUCCGUUUGAUUGACUUGUAUCAGAGUGGGAGAACGGAGAAGGAAGCAGAAGCAAAUGGAGAGCAACAAGAGUUAAUGAGAAGAAUUAGAGGGUAAAACAGUCACCUUUAUGGACAUGGAAUUUUAUCAAACUAGCUCGGCAACUUUGUUAUCUUUGGAUAUAUUUAUCUAAGCCUUUGACUGAUCAGUGUUGUAGUAAUCAUAGUGGUGACUCCAAAUUAUGUCAAUGCUAGGACUGAAACACAUAUCAGAUUGUCUCAUUCUCAUAAGGUUCGCCAAUAUAUUGA